GAUUAAUAGAAUAAGUUAAUAAAAAUACAUUUUGGUUAGAAAAAAUCAUUUAAAAGCAUUAAAUUAGGUGACUUUAAAAUGAAUCAACACAAUCCAAAGAAAAAUGAAGAUUUGCCAGAGUUUUAAGAGAAGCUAUUUAAUCAAACAGUAGCAAAGCCUUAAAUAGCUAACAAAGAUAAGCCUAAGAAUAUAGUUUAAUAAUCUAAUUAAUAAAAUUGUUAGAGAGGGACCAAAAUAAUGCAAUUCAAUAAAAACCAGCAAAACUAAAGCUAUCUCACCUCUCUGAUUUUUAAAAGUGCAAAAAUUGAUAGUUUCUCUGUAGAGUUACCUUCUUACGACCAACAAUACUCAUAAUUAAUGGGCAUCUUAGAUGAAAGAACAAUAGGAACAAAUGAAUCUGUGCUUAAAAGGACUAGAAAUAGUAAGGAAGAAUUAUGCACUAAAUUUAUUUAACAAAUAAGCUAUAUGUUUGAUUAUAAGAAUGAAAUAAUCUAAAAAAAGAAUUUUUUAGAAGAAAAGUCGCUAAGAUUAUUUUAGAAACUUUUCAAAGUUCUUGAAAGUAAGAUUAACGAAAUAGCAGAUACAAAAAAGGAAAAUGAGCAGAAGGAAAAAUUAGAAGAAAAAUUUGAGAAUUAACUAAAACAAAAAAAUCUCAAAUUUUAUGAUGAAGUGUAUUAGCUUUUUAAGUAGACUAAAUAAAAUGAUUCAUAGUUGGGUGAAUAAUAUUAGUAAGUUUCUUCAUAUCCUUAAGAAAAUAACUAAAUAUAGAUGCGAUAUGCAGAUGCAUAACCAAACUCAUAGGGUAUUAAUUUAAUGCUGGGAUAGAGAAAUAAUCAGUAAAUAAAUGCGGCAGUGAAUCAAUAUCAUGAUAUGAGAAUGCAUGAAGAACAAGUUUCAUAUAAUUAAAUGAGCACAGCUGCAUAAUUACACUCAUAAGAUUCUGCUUUUAUGAAAGGCCAUAGUUAAAACCAGCAAAGAGGAAUGAUGAAUCAACAUAAUCAGAUGAGAAUGGAAGAAGAGCAUAACUUCUAGAAUUAGAUGGAAUUAAACAGAGGUUAGAAUAUUGACAGUUAAAUUAAGGAAAAUAUUCAUAUACAAUAAGAAGAAGAAAUUUAAAAUAAGGUUGCUAGUAACUUUUCUAAGGAUUAAAUAAAAUUUUUUUAUGAAAAUGUGGAUGUAGAAAAAGCUUUACAAGUUUAUUUUAUGUAUCAAGAGUUGCAAGAAAACUUAGACUAAUUAAAUAAAGAUUUGAAGCAAAAUGUUGAAGAAAAAAUAUAUUCUAAAAAGGGUAGUAUCAACAAAUUGUUUGAAGAACUUAAGUAGAGAAUAAACAGGUAAAUUUGUUAAUUACCAAUCAACUACUUUGUAUUAAAGUAGAAGGAAGUCUUUGAAUACUACUAGUUACCUUAAUAUAAUGAAACAAACUGCAAUAUUUAAGCUUUCGAAAAGUAUCUAGCAGAGCAAAAUAAAAAUAUCAUAGCAUAUCAAAUUAAGUUUUCCUUAGAAGACCUAAGAAGACUUACAAAAGAUUAGCUUAUAAAUGAUAACCUAUUAGAUUGCUAUGCUUCUUACUUGAGAGAAAGUCACAGAAAUAUGAAGUAGCAAAACUAAUAUGUAAACAAAAAUGACAUGAGUGAAAUUAUUAUUUUUUCCCAUCUAUUCUUUGAGACCUAGUAUGAGAGUAUGAGAAUCAAAAAAGAUGAGGCAAAGGCUUUUAUGGACUAAAUUUAUCCAACAUCUUAAUUAUUCUAGCCUGAAUUCAUUGAUAGAUUUGGUUUUAUUGUGAAUGUUGAUCUGCAUGGAAUAAAACAUUGGAUCUUUUUAGGGGUUUAUAACAAAACGAGAGAAAUUAUUUACUAUGAUAGUGCUUCAAGCAACAACGCUUACUACAAGAAUAUUUCAACAGCCUUAGUCACAUAUUUCUAAUAAAUUUCUGGUUUGUAAUAUACAAAUAAAAAGGCAGAUAAAUGUCCUCGCUAAACCAAUGGUACUGAUUGUGGUAUGUUUGUCUUGAAGUAUAUGCAAAACUUCGCUUACGAUACACCUCAAGAAUUUGACUAAGCCCAUAUUACAGAGCUUCGUGAAAAAAUGUACACAUUUUUCCCAAUGCUUUCUUACUAAAAAGAAUUAAAAAAGAUUGACUAUGAAACCUUACAAUACUUUGAAGGAAGAGUUAAAACGAGGUAUGAUGAAAUUCAGCCUAUUAUUUCUAAUAACAUAAAGAUUUGCUGA